AAAAACAAAAAUUAUAAUAACUUAAGCCAAUUAUAUACCGUCGUGUUCUAUAAUUUAUUCGCUUUGUAUCGGCGUUUCAUAUAAAAACAGGGAAAAAAGUUUGGCGCGGUUUUAUUUUUUGGCCUUUGGGCGUGAUUAAGUAACUGCUAUCUGAUUAAAUCUUUAUAUGUAUAUGUAUACAGCGCGAAAUGCACUCAGCUGCUAGCUUAAAAGUCAAUCACAAAUAAUAAAUACAAAUUUAUAAUCAAGUUUUAAACAUAUACAAAAACAAAACAGAAAAACAACUACAACUAGAAUCUGUUAGGGUUGGCAGUUAUAAAUUAAAUAAACAAAUCUAACGCGCAGUUUGUGCCCCACACUUAGGCAAUCAACAUCAAAUGGCAGAGGACGAAAUCUUUGGCGAUUUGCAGGAAAUCCUUAAUGCCAGCCGAGAACCAACCGGAUCGACCAUGCCACAGACUUUUCCACAAUCCGCCUCGUUGCCCGUGAUGCCGUCCCACAUACCGCUGUCCGUGCCGGCAGCGCCAGCUGCUCAGCGACGACCAUACAUACGAAUUGUCGAGGAGCCUACGAACAAAAUUAUACGCUUUCGCUAUAAGUGCGAAGGGCGAACGGCGGGCUCGAUUGCCGGCAUGAACUCAACGCCGGAUGCAAAAACCUUUCCCACGAUCGAGAUCGUUGACUACAGCGGACCCGUUGUGGUUGUCGUCUCGUGCGUCACCCGGGACAAGCCUUAUCGCCAGCAUCCCCACUGGCUGGUCAGCAAGGAGGAGGUCGACAAUUGCAAAUCGGGUGUCUACAGCAAGAAACUGCCUCCCGAGGAGCGACGCCUCGAGCUCCAGAAAGUGGGCAUCCAAUGUGUGAAGAAAACAGACGUGCGUGAAUCGUUGAUGGCACGCGAGCAAAAGAAUAUUGAUCCGUAUCAUGCCAAAUUCGAUCAUAAAGACAACAUAAGCAGCAUAAAUCUGUAUGAGCUACGCCUGUGCUAUCAGGCCUUCAUCAAGGUGGGCAACAACAACGUUCCACUUGAUCCGGUUGUCUCGUCGCCCAUCUAUGGCAAGAGCAAUGAGCUGACCAUCAAUCGGCUGUGCAGCUGCUCGUCGAAGCUGAGUGGCGGCGACCAGAUCAUCUUGUUGUGCGAGAAGAUCUCCAAGGAUGACAUCAGAAUACGUUUCUUCGAGACAAACGAGGCGGGCGUCGAAGUCUGGGAGGCUUACGCGGACUUCCAGCCCACGGAUAUUUACAAGCAGACGGCCAUAGUCUUUAAGACGCCGCGCUAUCGUAACACAGAGAUUCAGCAUAGUGUGCAGGUGGAAUUACAGCUGGAGCGACCCUCGGAUCGAGCGACGAGUGCCGCGCUGCCUUUUGAGUACUAUCCCAAUCCAGGUAUGCUAACUUUUGCGCGUCUGCAGCGCAAGCUGAAACGCAAACAGGAGCUGGACGUCUUCCAGCAGAUACUUUCUUUAGAUAGCGAGACGACGGCCACGAAAUAUUCGUGUCCGCCCGUCGAUCUUAAUGACGACGAGAAUACGGUUUCAUCGGAUGAGCAGCAGAGCUCGGGCACCUUGAAUGAUUUCGAAAUCGCGGUCAAGAAGCUGCAGCUGCGACAGCGCGGCGAAUCGGAGGCCAAUGAGGCGGAUGCCACACAAACGGAAUACACCGAUGGCAUGGACAAUGAUAAUGACCAGGAACCGGAUAUGGAAAUUGAGUUGGAGGUGCCACAGCUGCUGCCGCAGCUUGCCGACGAUUGCACGCAGACCUCCACGCCCAUGGAGGAGAUCUUGCAGCAGCCGCAGCUCCAGUCGCGCCCCUUGAGCAAUGUGGACAAGAUUAAUGAAUGGAUGCGCAGCAGCGAGUUCGAGAGAACGGACAGUCUUACAGUAGAGAAUGGCGACACGCCCACACUCUCCCACAGCACUGCCCAGACGGCAUUUACAAAUGUGAGCAGCCUGACUGCCAAUACGACCAUAACGAAUCAGCUCGAAGAUGAGGAGAAGCCCCAAGAGGGCGAUGGCAGCGCCUCGAGGCGGGAUACUCUAGAAAACGCCGCCUUGAAGGAGCUGCCCGUGAGCGAAGUGGAAGCCGAGCCAGUGAGUGCCAGCGCCCAGGCCUCUGUGGAUAUCGACGAAAACUUUGAUGAGACCGCGACCUAUACGAGUCUGCAGAUCGCCUACAACCAUCCGAUCGAAAUGCCACAAAACCAAAACAGAGAUCAGCACUACCAUGUCUCCAAUCCGUUUAGCAUGCUAGACGAGGCCGAGCUGGUGGUACUCACCAAUCCGCCGGCGCCUAAGAUACAAGUGAAUGCAGCACAAACGCCAGCCACGCCCCCCUCGCCGCCUUUGCCUCUACCACCGCGCACGCCCUCGCCAGAUCCGGAGAAGCGGCUGCCGCCACUGCCGCCCAAGCCACGCAAUUCGCAGGAUUUGAGCGUGAGCGAGCAGAGCGUCUCCAAUUCCGUCAGCCACUCGCUCACCCGCUCACGCAAUGGAAGCGUUAGCUCCACACGCACAACACCUUCACCUAUUAUUAUAAUGCACACGCCCGACCAGAGUCCGACUAAGCGACUGCCUGCUGCAGCCACGCCCAGCAGCUCAGCCACAGCCUCUCCCAAGAAACGACAAGGUUUCUUCUCACGUUUAUUUUCACGCCGUCGCAGCAGCAAGAGCGAGGACGAACAGGAGCUGGGAUCUCGUGCUACCACGCCCACGGGAAACCAGUUCAGCCUGGGCACUCCGAAUCGCAGCUCGGUUCGUUCCCUGCAGCCACCUGGUUUGAGUCCCCAGAACAGCGUAUCGCAGCGCAGUGGCCGUCCAGUGGGUCGCAGCUCUAGCAGCGUUUCGGGCAAACGACCCGCUCACAUGGACGCCGAUGUCAUUCACAUACCACUCAAAGGCGGCGAUAGCGAGAACAGCUUGUUGCGUCCUGAAAGCUACUCGAAUGCCAGCACAUUGACCUAUGGACGGCCGCUCGAUCGCAAGACGCUGAGCACGCUGCAGCUGGCUGAUAUACCCAUUAGUGACGGCAACAUGGAACUGGUGGCCAUUGCCGAUCGUCAGAGCAUUAAGAACUUGUGCGAGGGCGCCUACGGCGUGGUACUCGAUCCCAGUGUCGAUCUCUCAGGAGCGGAGCACUUUGCUCUAUACACCAGCAAAUCGCCAGAGCCGGAGCGCGAGUUGGAGGGCGGAGGCGGCGAGGGUGAAGUUUCGGAUUUCUUAAACGCCGACGAGAUUGCGCGUCGUCUAGCCGAGGCCAAUGGGCUGCAGUGAAAACUCUUUGAAACUUAAUCUACA